AUGCGGAAACUGAACACUACAACACUCAGUCAAAAUGGCAAAACUGCGAUGGUCGGGGGUGGAACUAUGCAACACGAAAUCACUCGCUCGUUGUUCGCCUUGGGCAAGUAUGCAGUUACUGGGCUUUCGGCAUGUGUGUCGGUUGCAGGUCCAUUGUUAGGCGGCGGUCACAGUCUGCUCCAGAACCAACAUGGCUAUUCCCUUGACGGUCUCGUUUCUGCGCGCGUAGUUCUUGCCAGCGGAAAAGUUGUAGAAGCCUCUCGGACAACGAAUGCCGACUUGUUCUGGGCCCUGCAAGGAGCAGGACAUAAUUUUGGCAUUGUGACUAGCCUUGAGGUCCAGACCUAUGAUAUCCCUUCCAACUGGACUGUCUACUCACUCGUUUUCACGGCCGACAAGGUUGAGGCGCUCUUCCAGCUGAUCAACGAGUUUGAAGAGCCGGCUAUAAAACGUCCCACGAAGCUAGCACUUACAGGAGUGUUCGUGAGGAUACCUGCUGUCGAUCCCAUCAAUCCAGUCGUCGCAUACAAUAUAAUAUACGAGGGCAUGGAAGCGGAAGCUGAACCAUACGCCUUACGUUUCAAAGCGCUCGGUCCAGUAUCGACCACAGUAUCGACGGACGUCGACUACGUAGAGCUUUAUACGGUGACUGGAAACAAUCUUCAAAGCCAAGCUUGUACGAGGAACGAGAAUAUUGCAGGAGCCGGCGUCUCGCUACCUGCUUGGGAUCUUGAAGGUGUCCGUAAAGCAUUCACAAUAUUCGGUAACAUCACAGCCGAUCCCCGCUUUAAUACUUCCAUCACCUUGCUGGAGAACUACGGCAUGCAAGGUGUACGGGCUGUUGAAACAGCUUCCACGGCAAUGCCACCCGAGGAACGUGAGUAUCCAAUCCUCGCGUCUCCAGUGCUGUGGUGGGCUGGCGAUGAUGCGCAGACGACUAAAGACGCCUAUGCAUAUACACGUGCGAUGCGCAAUGCGCUGUAUAUGGGCCUUGACAAGAGCGACGAAAAACGACACUGCUAUGUGAAUUACGCUAAUGGGGAGGAGAGUAAGCCCGAGAUGUAUGGAUACGAUGACAGGCUUACGAAAUUAGCCAAGCUGAAGAAUGAGUGGGAUCCAGAGAACAGGUUCGGGUUUUAUAACCCGAUAGUGUAG